AUGUAUACAGUCUGGCCGCUAUGUGCCGGGGUGAGACACCGGAGAACGGGGUUACUCGACAACGCUAAGCAGGAAAAGAAUAUUCCUUUGGGGUGGCAGCGAGUGAUAGAGACAUUUGAUACUGACGAUGGUCCUUUGGUGCCAAAUGAUAGUGACAAUCUAUGCUUCCACGGAGAGCUUACCGAUCAUGGUCGAGCAGCAAUGGUCGCCCUAGGGGCCGAGCUCCGCAGGCUCUACAUUGAUCGGCUGAACUUUCUUCCUGCUGUGUUGACCAAACCGGAUACCAUAAGCUUUCGCGCAUCCCCAUACCCCAGGGCACUGGAGUCCUUGCAGCAUGUUAUCAUGGGCCUCCUGCCUCCUGGUACUCGCGCAUCAAGUUUUGGACAGCCACGCAUCGUCAUGCGAAGUCCUGAGGAAGAGACCCUACUGCCGAACGAGGACUACUGUGAACGCUUCAUUCAGAUCAGUAAGGCAUAUGCGCGCCGGACUGCUGCCAAAUGGAAUCACAGCGCAGAGGUCGACCACCUCAACAUGCUCCUCGGGAAAUUCAUGCCACCGAGGCAGCUGAUCGCCGUGGAUUCCAGACCCAGCAUUCACGCCAUUCAUGACAUCGUCAGCUGCACGUCUGCCAGCGGCUCGCCAGGUAUUCGUCUCCCGAGGGAGUUUCACGACGAUGGGACGGUGCAAAUCAUCGAGCACAUCGCGUACGAAGAGGAAUUCGGGAUGUAUCAGGAGAACGAGGAAGCACGACGUCUCGGAAUUGGGUCCAUUCUCGGGGAUGUAGUGCAGCGGAUGGUGAACACGGCGCAGAGACAGGCGGACGACACACGCCCCGGGUCCAGCCCGAAGCUUUUUCUGGCGGGCUCGCACGAUUCAACGGUAGGAGCCAUAGCGACGUCCCUGGGCUCGGUCGACUUGACUGGGUCGGGUAACUGGCCUCCGUACGGAUCCGUCCUGGCCAUUGAGCUAUUCCAGGACCAAAACACGGCUCCGUCACUCGAUGGAGGGUCCAGCCUGCCGUUGAUCGGCCGCAGUCCGGUGUCUGAGCUCUCCGACCAGCAGAAACAGUUCCUCCAACAGUAUUAUGUCCGCCUCCGCUACAACAAUCGAGUAUUGGUGGUACCGGGUUGCAGACUUCCCGGUCGGAACUGGCGAGGCGACAAGAGCUUUUGCACGUUGGCAGCGUUCAAGGAGAUCGUCGAUCGGUUUACUCCGACCGCGUGGAGAGAACUGUGUGCGCGCCGUCUUGACCAGCCAUGUUUUCCGGCGAAGAGCGAACCCGCGGGAUACUAG